AUGGCCACAGAUCGUUUGAGCUCUAUUCUGAGCCACCUCAAGCCGUCAGGCGCAAACGGGCUCUCGACCAUCACCCAGAAGAAUCCCGACGACGUUGUCAUUACGCUUGCUCUGCGUACUCCCCUCGCCAAGGCUGGCAAGGGUGGCUUCAAGGACACCGAGCUUGAUUUCCUCGUUUACUCGCUGUUGAAGGAGGUGUUGUCCAAAUCGAAGGUCGAUCCCGCUUUGAUCGAGGAUGUUUGUCUUGGUAAUGUCAACGACGGCAAAGCCGCCUACCUCGUCCGCGCAGCGUCCCUAGCCGCCGGAAUCCCCCACACGGCCGGCGGCUCCUCCGUGAACCGAUUCUGCUCGUCCGGUCUGAAAGCGGUGCAGGACAUCGCGAACCAGAUCUCCCUGGGCGCGAUCGACGUCGGCGUAGCGGUUGGCGCGGAGAUGAUGUCCGCGCCGGGCGAGCGCAUCACCAAGCCGUUUAACGACGAGGUGCUCCGGAACCAGGAGGCCGCGGACUGCAUGCAGCCGAUGGGCCAGACGUCCGAGAACGUGGGCGCGGACUUCAAUAUCUCGCGAGACGUGCAGGAUAAGUACGCGGCGGAGUCGUAUCGACGGGCCGAGGAGGCGCAGAAGGCGGGGUGGUUCGAUGAUGAGAUCGUGCCGAUUAAGACGAAGGUGAAGGAUCCGAAGACGGGCGAGGAGAAGGAGAUUGUGGUGGCCAAGGAUGAGGGGAUUCGGUAUGGGACGACGGCGGAGUCGUUGAGUAAGAUCCGUCCGGCGUUCCCGAAGUUUGGGGAUCGGAGUACUGGUGGUAAUUCGAGUCAGGUUACUGAUGGUGCCGCCGCCGUCCUCCUCAUGCGCCGCUCCAAGGCCAUCGAACUGAACCAGCCCAUCUUGGCCAAGUUCUGCGGCGCCACCGUCGCCGGCGUCCCGCCUCGGAUCAUGGGCAUCGGACCCACGGCCGCGAUCCCCAAGCUGCUGACCAAGUUCAACCUGAGCAAGGAGGACAUCGACAUCUACGAGAUCAACGAGGCGUUCGCCUCCAUGGCCGUCUACUGCCUGGAGAACCUGGGGCUGGAGCACGCCAAGGUGAACCCACGCGGCGGCGCCAUCGCCCUAGGCCAUCCGUUGGGAGCGACGGGUGCGCGCCAGAUCUGUACGGUUCUGAGCGAGGCGAGACGCACGAAGAAGAAGAUCUUGGUCACGAGUAUGUGUAUUGGUACGGGGCAAGGUAUGGCGGGGUUGUUUGUCAAUGAGCAGGUUUAA